AUGUCGCUUCGUUCCGACUCGGUCUACCGCGUCGAUCUGGGCGAGCGCCCAUCGUCGGCCCCAGCCGAUGAUAAGAGCAAGGACCACGGGCCAUCUUCGCCGCCAAAAGUGCUCCAGAUCCGUCUGACGGAGCAGGCUCUUCAGCAGCUCGCCAGCGCCUACACCUCGUCUGGGUCCGCCAAGUCUCAGAUUCGCCUCAACUUCGAUGCCGCGGAGCCCGAGCUCGUCGUGGGCAGUGUGAGCAUUCCGCUCCAUGCCUCGGUGCCAGCCGCCUCCUCGCAGUCGCGUCCGCCAGCUCAUGGCUUCAGUCCAGCACCCUCAUCGGCUGCCCCGCACGAGCUCUAUCGGCUUUCCCACGACGAGUCGACGCUCACGCGCGUCGGCACCAUCGCAGCCAAGCUCUCGGUCAAGCCCACGCGCGAUGUCUCGGCAGUCGCCCAGCGCCUUAAACAGCAAAAGGAGGAGGAGGAACUGCGCAAAGAACAGCGUCGACAAGCUCUCAUUCAGGGCUCCUCCCCGAACUUGUCCGUCGCAUCAUCGAAUUCGAAGUCAAGCGCAAACAAGACGCUGGCCGCCGCCCGUGCCUCCUCUAGCUCGGCAUUCUUCUCAUCCUCGCCCCUGUCGAGGUCGAGCAGUCUGACCAACGUCACCGCCCAACGCCGACAGACCGGCCUCCUCCCGCCAGCCGCCGUCUCCAGAGCACAGAGCCGCGAAGUGUCCCCAGGCGCACGCUCCAGCCUUCCCACUACGACUCACCCCAAGGUGCAGGGUGCUUCGUACGAGUCAGGACUCUCGGUCAGCCGCACCGCAAGAGCAACCACUGAUUCGCCGCAAACCUCGAGCGUAGCUCAGAUGCGCAGUUCAUCCGCCGCUCACUCUUCGAGUCAUAGGUCGUCAGGCACAGGCGGGAGCAGUCUUUCGACACAGGAAGAGGGGCAUGUCUCCGACGAUGGUCAAGCGAGGCGAGCCGACCUGACAUCAUCUCCGGCCUCGGUCAGCUCCGACGUAGCUGGCGGUGCUGCCAAAAAGAGCUCAAAGCUCACCACGCGCCAACGCUUAGCCAAGGCGACAAAGGCAGGCAGUCGCCUCCUGGCCAUGUCCGAGCGAAAGCCAACCCCAGAACUCCGCGCAACUCCUUCGACAUUUGCUCGCACGUCCGCCUCGGUCGCACCUAGCACACAGUCUUCUGCUCAAAGUAGCCGAUCGACUCCUAUCGACCACGUCCUAUCAACGGUACCAAAGUCAGAACCAUCACAAAGGGCCACUAAGCCGAAAGAGUCCGUCGUCAACGCGUCUGCCACAAAAAUGGGGUCGGACCGCCAAGAGGCGGCAAGACAGGACCGCAGCCAGACGGCGACAUAUCUAGCAAAGACCAAAGAAAUCGCCUCAUCGUCCAGAAGCAGGGCAGAGGCAGCCCAGAAAACCGAGACCAGCUCUAAACGUACAGCCCUCCAAGAGUCUGCAAAGGAGCCUCCCAAGAGAGAACGGACAACCUCCGUCGAGCAGAGCAGCAUCAGCUUCAAGACGGAGCGACCCGGCGCCACUACAACAAGUGUCAAGGCAGGAGCGGCCACUAGUAGGUCGCCGGAGAAGGUCGCACGCGCGGCCGUCCCCGUCGUCACAAUGCGGAGAGCAAGACCGCCCCCUGUCGACGAUCCGAAAAGCGGCAGUCCCAGGGCUACCAGUCAGACUGGCUCAAGUGCCAAGGCUGCGGCACCGGCCAUCGAGUCGGUGCGCGAGCAACGCCCGCGGGCAAGAUCGGAUUCUCGUACCCAAACCGAGAUCGACACCAGGGCUGGACCAUCCUCCUCACCACCCUCCAAGCAGGCGAAUACGAAGAAAAGGGUCGACGAAUCGCCCGAUGCAGCGCAGCGCAAGCGUCGCCGUACCAACGACUUUGCCCCGCCCAGCGACCAGCCAACGCGGUAUCGCGAGCGUAGGCUUUCAGCGUCGCCCGAGCCUAUGUCGCGUCGAGCCGAUAUUGACAUGAUCCGGCGGCGGGACGAGAGCGCGACGCCCUCCGUCCGACCCACUGAGGCCUCGACGGGCCAAACCUCGAUCCGCGAACAUGUCCCGCCAUCCGCAUCCAUGCCGUCGUUCGCCUCGGUCGGCCACCGGUUGCGAUCCGUACCAGAGGCAGGCGAAAGAAAUUCUCGAAACGCCAAGGUGGACGACUACCGGGACAGGCGUCGGGAUCGCGGGUCUGAUGAGCAUGACCGCGGGACGGAUGCAAGUCGCGAUCGCGGCAAGAGCUACUACCGCGAGACGGAAGAAAAAAGUAGAGGCAGGAGCGGGGCUCCUGAUGCGCAUGGCUCGUCGUCGCGCGGACCAUCUAAUGGAUCGAAUGCGGUCAAGUCGCCGUCCGGCUCUGGCGAGAGGUCGAUCAAAGGCGUCGGACCCGGUGCGGCUCACUGGUCAGAGCCGUGGCUGGACGUUCGGUCUCGAGCGGACUGGCAUCGUCUGGCACAGCGGUUCGCCAAGACCCAGCAAGAGUACCUUGCUUCGCGCGGACAGCUCGAGGCCGAGAGCGAAAGGCUGGACCGGGAGCUUGAGCUUGCGUCGGCCGAGGAACAAGCGGCUUCGCAGCCGAUGGGACUGCGUUCGCAGACGUCUGCACACCAGAGCCUCCUCUUCUCGCCGCAUGCUCACUCUGUCUCCAAGAUGACGCGCCACGGCUCGACUGGCGAGAGCGACGAGCUCGACGUAGACAUGCUUGAUGCCGAGAGAGAGACGAGCGUUAAUACUGCGCACAACGCAGCGGGCCCGCAACGGCGGGAGAGUCUGGCAUCUCGACGGAGAGAGCCGCGAGAGGACGGUGAAGAGUCGCCCGAGGAAGGCGAGAUGAGGUCCUCAGACGACGAGGCUGGCCAGCCUCGAGCGACGAAGGGGUCGAUUUCGGCUGAAGGCGGCGCUCGCGCGGCCGGGGCUGAGCUCGAGACGCUGCUGCGCGAAGCGAGCAGGAGCGAGUCGCCGGACAACAUCGCUUGGCGAGCUCAGCCGCCCGGCGUGGCUGCAGCCGCUGACGCUUCGAAUGUGGACGAGAGGGCUCGGUCGCGCGCAGUCGCCAGCGAUCGUCCGCUCAGCUACGCCGACCUGGCCGACCGAGUGCACCAGCUCGCCGAACUGCACGGCAGCCUCAGCCGCAUGCACCGCGUGCUCGUCGACUUUAAAGCAAAACGUCUCGCCGACACUCUCGCGUGA